AUGCUCCAAGCGCCGCCGGUAGCUGCCGCGAAGCAGUACCAGGGUAGGCUCAGCAACAAAAUCAACACCGAUGGCGGCAAAUGCGAGUUCUUCGGGUCGCCCUUCGACAAGAGCGAGUUUUUCGACGGAGGGAAGGUCGCACGCUUCCCGCCGGAGAUUUUUGACAAGGGAGCCGCAUGCGGCGCGUGCUACUUCGUCUCGUGCGUGAAUAACUCGCGCUGCGUAGCGGACGCGAAGGUAAAUGUCCGCGUGGUGGGCAUCUCGAAGAAUAAUUCGCGGAUCAUCAUCUCUGACACGGCGUGGAGCAAGAUUGCCAAGGAUAAGGACAAGAACCCUGUGGAUUUUAAAUACGAGCGCGCGCCGUGCAGCAACGCGACGAGCAUCGCCGUGCGGGUUCGCGAUAAGUCCACCGAGGACGAGUUUAAGGUGCAGAUCUUGGGAACGGCCGGCCCAGGAAGCGUGGAGCGCGUCGAGGUGUCGAACGACGGGUCCACGUGGAAGGCGAUGGAAAGAUCUGACGUCAAGGCCACGUGGAAGAUCAAGGGCGAAAAGGCUUUUCUGCGCGCGAAAAAAACGCUUUCGUUCCGCGUAACCGCGAGAGACACUAAGGAGCAGGUCGUUCUUAAAGACGUGCUCCCCGCCGCGGAUUGGAAAGCCGCCACGACUUACAAGUCUAAGGACGCGAACUUCAAGAAGGACCCUCCCGCGACGCGUGCUGCUGCGACGGAACCUAAGAAGGACGAGGGGAAGAAGGCCGACGAUAAGAAGAAGACGGAAGAGGCGCCGAAGCCAAAGAAGGACGAGGUGAAGCCAGGCGCCGUGCGAGCAGCGGUGACCAAGGCGGAGGAAGCAGUAAAGAAGGUGAGCGAGGUGCUCACAAAGGCCACCAACGCGGUCUUGGAGGCGCUUAAGCAGAUCGCGGCAACAGGAAUCGCCGAGAAUGUGCAAGCUGAUGAACAGGACGAUGCUCUCGCCAGAGCAGACGAGGCUCGGAAGGCUGCCGAGGCUAAGAAGGCGCUUCGGGCGGCAAACCUGCGGCCGAAGCGGCUGGGCGCGAGCGGCGAGGGCAAGGGCCUGGAUUCAAGCAUCAAGCGCAACACGGCGGUGAUCCGACGGCUGAAACAGCUCAGCGAGGAUCAGAGGGAAACCAUUUUGGAUGAGGUGCGGGCAGUGAACAUGAGCAAGUACGUGUCAGAAGCAGUGGCGGCCAUAGCGGAGGCCAAGCUCAAGAUGGCAGACAUCCCCGCUGCCGUGCAGACGCCUCUCAUCACCUCUCCCAUUCUCCCUCUCUCCCCCUUUCCCCUUCUCCCCCUCUCCCCCAUCUGCUCCUCUGCCCGUCUACCCCUCUCCCCGUCUCCCCCCAUCCCCCUCCCCCCCUCUCCCCCUCACCUCACGCCCCUCCCCAACCUCGUCCACCCCUUCAGUGCGGGCGGAGCAGGGGGGGGGAUCAGCGGAGCAGGGGUGGCAGGAGCGGGAGCAGCGGGAGGAGGGGGGGCGGUGGCAGGGGCGGGUGGUGCAGGCACAGGGGCGAGCCUCUCUGCUCGAAUAUCGCGGAAGCGCAGCGUGUUUCGGCUGCUAGUGGAGCUGUUCUUAUGCGGAGUGUACGGCGAUGCGAGUGUGAUUAUCGGCGUCGUGAAGGAGAUGGCGAGCGCGGAUGGGGCCGGGCUUGUAGCAGCCGCAGCAGCGGCGGCGGCGGCAGGAGGAGGAGCGGGAGGGGGAGCGGAAGUGGGUAUUGGUGCUGGGAAGAGUGAGAGGGAGAAGGAGAGGCUGGAGAGGGAGAGGGAGGCGGUGACCAUGUCUGUGACGCUCAUGCUCAGCUUUGUGCGCGUGGGAGGGCCGCUACUAGGGCUCAAGAGCGACCCAGCAGAUGAGGAGGUCUACACAGACCUCCCCGUAACCGCAGAGCAGCGCAAGCAGCUUUCCAAGCUGGUCUCCUCAUUCUUCGAGGCGCUGUGCACGCUCGUGCAGAGCGAGCAGGGCGUGCUAAGGGGCAUGGAGCGGGACAUAGCGCGCAUCACGGCGCAGAGAGGGGAGGUGGGCGAGGACGUGACGGGCGCGUAUGAGAAGAGCCGCCGAGGGCUGGAGCAGCUGCUGCGCAACACCAACGCCCUGGCUGAGGCUCUGGACCGUCCACCUGUCGUGCUGCCAGAGGACGAGCACACCACCCACGUGGCAGGGGGCGGGGACAGCUCAGCAGGGGGCGCAGGAGGGGCGGGGGCGGACGGUGGGAAGAGAGAGGCUGAGCCUUUACCCCUGUGGGAUGAUGAUGAGACGAGAGUGUUCUAUGAAGACCUGCCGGACUUGAAGCUGUUUGUUCCUGCUGUGCUGCUGGGUGAUGGGGGCGGGAAGGGCGGAAAGGGGGAUGGCGAGGAGAAGGAGAGUGAGGAGGGCGAGGGGAAGGAGGAGAAGGAGAAGGAUAAAGAGAAGGGGAAGGAGAAGGGGAAGGAGAAGGAUAAGGAAGAGAAGGAGAAGGGGAAGGAGAAGGAUAAGGAGAAGGGGAAAGAGAAGGAGAGUGAGAAGGAGAAGGAGAAGGUGAAGGGAGUGGAGGCAGCGAAGCUAGACGACUUGUUGCAGCGCCUGCCGUCCUGCGUCAGCAGAGACCUCAUCGACCAACUCGCUGUCACGGGGCGAGUCGCCACAGGCUGGUGCGCUCCUUGUUGCACCUCUAUUAAGCAUCCAUACCCGCCUCUUAAUCUGUUGCCUCUCCCCUCCCCAUUCCCCUCCCCCUCCCCUUCUCCCUCCCCCUGCCCUUCCCCCUCUCCCUCCCCGUCCGUCUCCCCGGCCCCCUUCCCCUCCCCGCCAACUUCCCCUCCCCGCCAACUUCCCCUCCCGCCCAACUUCCCCUCCCGCCCAACUUCCCCUCCCGCCCAACUUCCCCUCAUCCAGGUGGACUUCUGCUACGUGAACAGCAAGGCGAGUCACCACAGGCUGGUGGACUUCUGCUACGUGAACAGCAAGGCCAGUCGCCGCAGGCUGGUGCGGGCGUUCUUUGCGGUGCACCGCACGGCGCUGCAGCUGCUGCCGUACCACGCACGCCUGGCCGCCACGCUGGGGCAGUACAUGCGCGAUGUGGGGCCGGCGCUGGUGCACCUGCUGGAAGAGGAGUUUGCGGCGCUCAAGAGCAAGAAGGAUCAAAUCAACAUAGAGUCGAAGAUGCGUAACAUCCGCUUCCUGGGCGAGCUAGCCAAGUUCAAGGUCGCGCCACCAAGCCUCAUCUUCAGCUGCCUCAAGUCGUGCCUGGAGGACUUCUCCCACCACAGCAUCGACGUGGCGUGUGCGCUGCUUGAGACGUGCGGGGCCUUCCUCUCCCGCCACCCCGACACCAAGGUGCGCAUGGGCAACAUGUUGGACAUCAUCCAGCGCCUCAAGAACGCGCGCAGCUUCGACGCGCACCACUCCACGCUCAUUGACAACGCUUACUUCCUCUGCCGCCCCCCGGACCGCGUCGCCAAGGUUGUGAAGACACGCCCGCCGCUGCACCAGUACAUCCGCAAGCUGCUCUACGCUGACCUCAGCAAAUCCACCGUCGAGAAGGUUCUGCGGCAGCUGAGGAAGCUUCCGUGGGGCGAGUGCGAGGGGUACGUGGUGCGGUGUCUGAUCAAGGCCCACCGCGCACGCUUCAACCAGAUCCACCUGCUCGCCUCGCUCGUCGCUGCUCUGUCCAGAUUCAGAGAAUCUGUCGGGGUGGCCGUGGUUGAUCAGCUAAUGGAGGACAUUCGGCUGGGCCUGGAGGUCCCAGACAGCAGCUACCAGCAGCGGCGCAUCACAGCGCUGCGCUUCCUGGGCGAGCUGUACAGCUACCGCGUGGUGGACUCGCACCUCGUCUUCGACACGCUGCACCUGCUGCUCUUCUUCGGCGCUGAUACCCCCGAGCACCUUACGCUGGACCCACCGGACGAUUCCUUCCGCAUCCGCAUGGCAGCGACGCUCCUCGCCACGUGCGGCCACUUCUUUGACCGCGGCUCAUCGCGGCGCCGCCUCGACCGCUUCCUGCUGCUCUUCCAGGCCUACAUGCUCGCCAAGCCCUCCGUGCCACUUGAUGUGGAGUUUGACCUGCAGGCUGUGGAGACGGACGUGGCUCUUCCAGGCCUACAUGCUCGCCAAGCCCUCCGUGCCACUCGACGUGGAGUUUGGCUUGCAGGUGGAGAGGGAGGGGGUUUAGUGUUGGGGACGGGGGGGGAGGAGAAGGUGCUGGAUACGGCACGUGGAGGGCAGGGUAGGGGCUUGCACACAGAGGUUUCUACCAGGCCUAGUUCUUUCUUCCUUCAGUUCUCUGGGUCUUGGGCCAUAAACCUCGUCGUGGUCUCUCCGCAAUCUCGCAUUCUCUGCUCCCUUGUGGCGCCGGCCGUCGUUCAGGAUCUAUUCGCCAAGCUGCGGCCGCGCAUGAAGCGAUUCGCCACUCUGGAAGAGGCGCAGGCGCAGCUGCUGCAGGACGCUGAGAGGGCCGCUGGCAAGGGCGGGGGAGGGGGCGGCGGGAGAGGAGGGGACGGGGCUGGUGCUGGUGGGGCUUCUGGGGCUGCAGCGGGGAUGGGAGGAGCAGCGGGAGGAGGUGGGGGAGGAGGGGGGGGGCUUGGGGUUAUCCCUGAGAAUGUUGAAGUGCAGAUGGAGCAAGGGGGGAAGGCGGGGGAGGGAGGGGAGGAGGAGAGGAGUGAUAGCGAGGAGGAGACUGUGGGGGGGGAUGAGGAGGAGGGAGGGGAGGAGGACGACGGGGAUGAGACAGGGGAUGGGGAGGACGGGGGAGGAGAGGACGACGAUGACGAAGGGGAGACGGAGGGGGAGGGGGGCGCGGGGGGGGAAGCAAGCGAGGCGGAGGAAGGGGAGGGGGAUGACGACAAAGUGAAGCUGGUCGGGGGGAGGAAAGAAGCGGAGGUGGAUCCGGAGGAGCUAGAAGACUUUGACAAGGAGUUUCGAGCGCUCAUGCAGGAGAGCCUUGCAGAGAGGAAGCUGGAGAAGCGGGGUGCGGGCGUGCUGAACAUAUCGAUUCCCAUGAGCUUGCUCGAUGGGAGCUCGGGUGCGAGUGCGGGAGGGGGUGGUGGUGGUGGUGGUGGGGGGGGAACGGGGAGGAGAGGGGGGGGUGGAGCAGGGAAGGUGGAUGAUGGGGAUGAUGCUGAUGAUGAAGGGGGAGAGGGGGGGGGGAGAGGAGGGAGGGGGAGAGGAGGGGAUGAGAAGGGGCCGGAUAUGACUGUUUUCCGGGUGCUGGUGAAGAGAGGGAACAAGCAGCAGGCGAGGGAGUUGAUGGUUCCUAGUGACAGUGCUAUUGCGGUGGCGACGCGGCGCAAGGAGGAGGAGGAGGAGAAGGAGAGACAGGAUAUCAAGAGACGCGUGCUGGAGUAUAAUGAGCGGGCGGAAGAGGAGAGGCCGUUUGCGCCUGCUGCUGUGGGGUUUGCAGGGGGAGGUGGGGGGACGGGAGGGGGAUGGGGAGGAGGAGUGGGGGGAGGGGGAGCGGGAGGAGGAAGUGGUGGGUAUGUGCAGUGGCAGCAGGGGCAGCAGGGGAGAGGAGCAGGAGGAGCAGGGAUUUUAGGAGGAGGAGGAGCAGCAGCAGCAGCAGGUGGAGGGGGAAUGGGAGGGCAGGGCAGGGGAGCUCAGCCUGUAUUGCUUGUGAGAGCACGGGAUCAGCAGGGGGGGCACGGAGGGGCGGAGAAAGAGAGGGAGCGGCCUGGGAGGAACAACCUGGGAGUGGUGGAUGGGUCACUGUCGGACUUUUCUAGCAACAGCCAGGCCAGGUUGAACCGGAGGCGCAUGAGGGAGCGAAGCCAACGAGUCCAUCAUGUUAUCGUCUCAGCACACACCGCUGCCCUCAAUAUUGCGCCCAACUUCUCCGCGCAGCCGUUCUUGGCGGUGGUAGCUUUUGAGUCGACUCAAAAGUCACUUCUCCGCAGCCGUCCUUGGCGGUGGUAG